AUGCCUCUCAGGGAUGACCUUUCCUCUGACCUCUCACUUGUCAAAGAUGAAGUCAAUGACGUGAAGAAACUACUAUCUCGUCUUGCUGAUGACAAAGAGGGGGAGAAAGACUUAGUUGUUGUUGUCCCUACAACACCAACUGAUGUUGAUGCUCAAGUUGAAAGAGCUGAAGCAAAUGAAGCAAAUGCCAUCACUUCCCAUGAAGCUGAAGCUGUUGCUGAAGUUGGGGAAAUUGAUGAUGUCGUCAUAGAAGAUGAAGAUGCUGAUGAAAACAAUGAUGAUGACGAUGAAGAUGAUGAUCCUUCUUCCUUUCCUGAUGCUGGAAAAGAUAUCGGUGGUGAUGAUGAUGAAGACGGCGAUGACGACGACCUCACCAUUCAAUACCACAACAAACCAGCUAGCUCUCUGAAAGGAGUCUCUCUCAGGGAUUCAUCAUCCCAAGGGGAGAAGGAGUAG